GAUCACUCUUUUCUCCAAGUAUAUAAAACUGUACACAUAAACAUGUACGGGAACGACGAUUUUACUAUUCCGGGAAAUAUGUCAACUAGUCAAAGUACCCAAUCAACCCAAAAUACUGCAACCACCUCUUUUACAUCCACUUCCGAUGUUUUUGAGCCCGGCGAACUGAAAAGAUAUCGCAAUUACUGGUGGAAAACUGGUCAAAUGCACUCGAAGGCCAGGUGGGAAGAGGCAACUUUACCGUAUGAGCUAGCUACUGAGGUACCUUUUGAUACUUAUGUCGAACGUACGGAUAAAUAUAAUAUUCACGGCUGGUGGGAGUGGGAAAAUGGGACCGUCCGUGUCAUUGAAUUACCCACCAAAUUUCAUGAACGUUGUGUUGGUUCCAUAAUCGAUGAAAUUGCUAUAGCAAUGAGAAGUGUGAGGGGCACUAAUCUCGGCAUGCUUAAUGAUGGAUCUACAACAACAAAAACUCGUAGAACAGGCAAAGAAUCUGACAACGCAUGGACACCAUCAGCGAAACCUCGAUUGAUUAGGGGCGGAUGUGACAGAAAUGGGACUCAGCCCUGGCCGAAUCUAGUAAUCGAAAUUGCGUACACACAAUCUGAAGCGGAUGUCAAAAGAAAAGUCGAAACUUACUGGCUUCAAGCUGGUCGGGCUCAUGAUGCCAUCGCAAUUAAAAUAGAGGAACCCGUCGCACCUGCUACAAGGCCUUCAGUGAUGACGGCUUGGCACUAUUGCAUUAAUCAUCCGCGAACGGCUACCGGUGCAUUUAAUCCCACGAUGUAUGAAUUUGGAACUAUUAAUCGUAAUGGAGCUCAGAUCCAACUGCAACCUGGGCAAUGCGUUAUCAACAUUCAAUUGGCAUGCCUUUACCAUGGGGUACCGGCCAAUGUUUUGAAUCCACCACCACCACCACCUCCUCAACUUCCUCCACCUAACCCCUUUGCUACUUUACCUAAUCUCAUUCCCAUUGAUAUGUUUUAUGCUCAUUAUGCUGUUUUAAAUAAUUAGAUUUCAAUACUCUGUGCUAGCAAUGAAGAAAAUUUAGUAAGGGAAUUCAAAAUUCACUCAAAUGCGAUAAAAGUUUUUCAUAAAGAUUGUAUCUUUUUUAUAUUGUAAAAAUAAUUAUCUCCUCAUAGCUUUAAUUAAUAUAAUCACAUGAAUCAUCAUGAAUAAAAAGUUUUUUGCUUAUA